CUUCCGGUACCGAGUUCACAGGCUUGUACGGCGGGCUUUCCUUUAGAUUAUGAAAUCUAUAUGUUAGGCGCUUUAUUAUUAUUUUAACAAAACGUAAUCGUGCAAUAGUCGUAAAUAAAUCCCAGACAGCCCCUGGUGUGUUCGCGGUCGCGGUGAGAGGAAAGCCUGCGCCUGGCCAGGCAUAAAGCAAGCACGGCAUCAUGAAGCUAACAGACAAUGUGCUGCGGAGUUUCAGGGUCGCGAAGGUUUUCCGAGAGAAUUCGGACAAAAUCAACUGUUUUGACUUCAGUUCAAAUGGUGAAACGGUGAUAUCGAGCAGCGACGACGACUCUAUCGUCUUAUAUGACUGCCAGGAAGGGAAACCCAAGCGUACUCUCUACAGCAAAAAGUAUGGCGUGGAUCUCAUCAGGUACACGCACGCUGCUAAUACAGUCGUCUACAGCUCUAACAAAAUUGAUGAUACUAUACGGUACUUAUCUCUUCAUGACAAUAAGUACAUCCGCUACUUUCCUGGGCACAAUAAGAGGGUUGUUGCUCUGUCCAUGUCACCUGUUGACGAUACAUUCAUCUCUGGCUCCUUGGAUAAAACAAUCCGGCUAUGGGAUCUUCGCUCUCCCAAUUGUCAGGGUCUGAUGCAUCUGCAGGGGAAGCCAGUGUGUUCAUUUGAUCCUGAGGGUCUUAUAUUUGCUGCGGGAGUCAAUUCAGAGAUGGUCAAGCUCUACGAUUUGCGCUCCUUCGACAAAGGCCCGUUUGCUACGUUUAAGUUGCAGUAUGAGCGUUCAUGUGAGUGGACCGGCCUCAAGUUCAGCAACGAUGGCAAACUCAUCCUGAUCUCCAGCAAUGGUGGGACACUCAGGCUGCUCGAUGCUUUCAAAGGAGCUGUGCUACAUUCGUUUGCGGGCUACAACAACAGUAAAGGUGUGGUUCUGGAAGCCUCCUUCACCCCAGACUCUCAGUUUGUCAUGAUUGGUUCGGAGGAUGGGAAAAUCCAUGUAUGGAAUGCUGAGAGUGGAAUGAAAGUAGCACUGUUGGAUGGGAAACACACAGGGCCGGUCACCUGCCUACAGUUUAACCCGAAAUUCAUGACCUUUGCCAGUGCUUGUUCUAACAUGGCAUUCUGGCUACCAACAAUUGAUGACUGAUGAAGAAGCUGCGCACUAAACAAGCAUUUAAAUUUAACAGGUUGUUGUGAUCAGCAGAUGGCAGCAUUUACAUUGCGUCUGGAUCACUGGGACUGCUUUGACUGUAAAUAGAUUGACCAUGAGGCCAUUUUCUAAUUUCUUUUUCAUUUUAUACCUGUGUCAUUAAAUCAUGUUAUUUUGUAAAUUGUUAUCUUUGAUGUGCUUUCAUUUAUGAUCUUAUUUGCCCUCAAAAAAAAAAAAAGGUUUUGUGUUGGAGUUUAGCAUUUUGAUUUCUGGCAGAAAUGAGUGCCACCUGACUGUCAUUCAUGUAGUCGGGAGAACCAUCUGGGAGACAUGUGCUGAAUAAAUAUCCAUCUAGAUGACUCGUAAAAAUGAUCAGAAUGUUGCUUUUGGAAAGUAUUACACCAAAAUCUGCAGCAGCUAAAACUUAACUGAAUGAGGAUUAAUAUCACUUCCCUUUACCAAGUCAUGAUCAAGAGAAAGGAUUAUUAGUUACUCUCAGUGUCAGAUUAUUUGGAUCAAGGCAAUGAUUGAAAUUAAUCAAGGCAAAAUCAGAAGUCAGUUAUAAUUUAUCUAAAUCAUCAAAACAGACAAACAGGUAUAUGUUAAUCAAUUCCGAUGUAUAAAUAUCCAGCAGGGUGAUUUGCCCAUAACUCUGGUAGUUAAAAUAGUCAUUCUGUACAUUAUCAGUAAGCCUACCCUGGAUUCUGAACAAAGUUGAUUGCAUCAAUUGGAGGCUCCUAAAUCCAAUCGUAGUAUGUUAAGUGAUUUUGUCAAAUAUCAAAUCAUUGCCAAAAUCACAUCAUGUAAAUGGCUGAGAUUUAACCCAUGAUGGAGAUUAGAAUGCCCCUGUCCUGCUGGUCUUCUCUUGACUUGACCUUUAAAACCAAGAAUUCAUUCCCCCCCCCCCCCCCCCCCUUUUUUUUUUUUAAAUGGAAAUGUGAAAAUACAAACUUCUUGUUGUAAGACACAAAUCAAUGGCUAAACUUCAAUACAAUUUUUGCUAACACUGUAGAUUGUAGUAAGAUGUUAUUUUGAAUUAGCAGCACAAGUGUGUAGAAAGCUAAAAUCUAGCAGCUGAUGUUUUCCCUACACUGGCUCAUUUUUCAUCAUUCAUGCACUGCCAUUAUGGCCAGCUAUUAAGAACAAAAAUAGUUGUGAUUGCUGAAGUGGUUGGAAUUUGUUUGAAAGUUUAAAAAAAAAACAGUUUAAUAAAUGGUGACUAAAUGUUACAAUCUCAAGACCCUUAAAUCUGAACUGCUCCAGAGAUGUUUCAUGCUUGACCCUGUGUUCUGACCUCUGAUUCCUUCUAAAUGGGGUGUAUGUGCAAACUUUUUUUCUGUUUGAGUUAAUAAAGUAUAUUAAAAGGAAAA